CUAGCAUUUCCGCAACGUGCGUGCCUCGACACGAAACACCUCCAACACCUGAGAAGCAGGAGCAAGCAAGCAAGCAGGGAAGCCCAACCAAAGGCAGGAGGAGCAAGGUAUCUACAGCAAUGAGUGGCGAGUGCACUGGAACAGGUGGCGGGACGCCACCGCAGCCAGGCUCCAUCAAGUCGCUGGUGGAUCUGUCAAAGUCUCCGUAUGACCUCAAAACAUACUGGGGCCGGGCGAAGCACUUCUUCUCAGUCACAGAUCCACGCCUGGCCUUCCUCUCCAAGGAACGCCUCUUCCAAGCAGAGCAGCUCAUGUCCGCCUACGAGGAGGAUCGUGUGCCGCCAAACACAACAGAGACCGAAUUGCGAGAAGCCAAGCGCAUCUUCGAUUCCGCAUUCCACCCCCAAACGAAAGAGCUGCAGACGAUGGUUGGCCGGAUGUCGUUCCAAGUCUGGGGCAACAUGUUCAUCACGGGCGCCAUGCUCACCUUCUACAAAACGACACCGCAGGUUGUGCUGUGGCAGUGGGUGAACCAGUCCUUCAACGCCAUUGUCAACUACACCAACCGCAACGCUUCAAACCCAAUCUCAAACGAGCAGCUCGCUCUCGCGUACACGGGAGCAACAGGCGCCGCAACAGCAACCGCACUCGGCCUCAACUAUGCAAUCAAGCACUCGCCCGCGCUGGCGCACGGCAUUGUCGGCCGCCUCGUCCCCUUUGCUGCCGUCGCAGCUGCAAACUGCAUCAACAUCCCUGCAAUGCGUGAAUCGGAGCUUCGCCACGGCAUUGGGCUGAGCGAUGAGAAGGGCUGCGCGAUCACGAGUGCCGACGGUGGCGUUGUCGAGUCCAAGACCGCCGCCAAAAAGGCAAUCUCCCUUGUCGUCGUCUCGCGCAUCAUCAUGGCCAUCCCCGGAAUGACGAUUCCACCGCUCGUUGCCAACCGCCUCCAGCACAAGCCCUUCUUCAAGCGCAUGCCUGUUCUCCUUCUUCCACUCCAAACCGUCCUCUGCGGCCUCUGCCUCGUCUUUGCAACGCCGCUCGCAUGUGCCAUCUUCCCUCAGACCAGUUCGCUGCAUGUGGACCAGCUGGAGGGCGAGUGCCGGGAGAAACUCAAGGCAGCGGGCUUCACCGGUGACACCGUGUAUUUCAACAAGGGGCUCUGAACCGCGCCGCCGCACGUGCUGUCCUGUCUGCCAUGUGGUGAUGCCAUGAUGGUCGCAAUGGCAUGGUGAUGUGGUCGUGGUGGGCCCGUGGUGUGGUAGUGCCUGCCCGCACACAGGUGCAACCUGCUACCAUUGAGCAGUGUUGUGAUUUGAGGCUACCCCGUUUGUCUGCUCCGUGCUGUGCUUUCUCUUUGUUUUUUCCCUGCGUGUUCGCCUUUCGGUUUUAGGAGACCUUCGUUGUGUGAUAGCCCUUUGCGUGCGUGUGUGUGUGUGUGUGUGUGUGUGUGUGUGUGUGUGUGUAACUGUCGCAUCACUGCACCACCUAUUAACAAACAACCAAGAACUUGAAACA